AUGGAUCCUUAUCGCCCAGGUCAUUAUGAUUUACUUACUGUAGCUCCGUAUCGUGCCCCAACUUAUGAACGACCACCUUAUGUUCAACCGGGAGGUCCUCCUUCUUAUGGACACACUACACGAGGUGGCUAUGCUCCUGGAGGUCCAUCGCAGCGAUCAGGUUAUAUGGGCCCUAGACAAAAUUUUACUCAUGGCCAUGGUAUGCCCAUGGGCAGCGCACCACCAAUGUCGACUCCAGGUCCAGAAGUAGAAAAGUUGACAACUCUUUUCAUUGGGGGAAUAUCACCGGGUGUAACUGAUGAUUGGAUGGAAAAAAUUCUCAAGUUAGUUUUCGAUUUGAAUUAUUUUAGUCUUGACUUGAAUUCUUUGAUACACAUAUUGGGCGCGCGUGGAUAUUUUCAGACUUGUGGUACGUUAAAAACUUGGAAACGGGUUAAAGACCAAUCCGGAAAUCCCAAGGGUUUUGGAUUUGCAGAAUAUGCGGAUGCUGAUAGUGUGCUACGUGCUUUACGUGUGCUUGGUGGCGAAGGUACUGGUGAUGAAAAGAAAGACAAGGGUGUUGUUCUUCCAGCUUUAGAAGAAGGUGCCACUGGCAAAAAAUUAAUAGUUAAAGCUGAUGAGAAUACAAGAAAGUAUCUUGAUCAAUACGAAGCCUCAAGGCCGAGAACAGUGCAUGAUACAGAAUUAGACAAAAAUGCUUUGUUAUCCGUCAUAAAUGUUGUCGAAGACAUGACAAAACCACAGGAUAGAAAAGAUUCGUCAUCUCUCUUACUACAUUUGCACCAUGAAAAUAGGGUAUCACUUCGAUCACCAGCUUCAGAAUUAAAAAUGGAACAUGGAGAAAAAGAUGAUGACACAGAUUUACCGGCGGAUCUUCCUCCGGAUCAAAAAGAUCUUAUUUACCGAGAAAUUGCUUUCUUUCGAGAACGUGCUGCGGCAAGAGAACGAGAGCGUCAAAGAGAAGAAGAAGAAAGAGCGAGUCGUAGAGCCAAGGCUGAGAAAGAAAGAGAGCGUUCUCAUGGAAAAGAAAAUAGAGAGAGGGAUCGUGAUAGAGAUCGGCAAUAUGGACACUUCCAUCAAUCUGUAAAUUUCAUUCCUGCGAGGGAAUCAAGACGUGAAUCUUAUGUCUUUGAUGAUGAAGAGGAGGAACAGCGCAGGCAAGCUAAAAGAAAAACUGAAAUGGAAAUGGCUUUUAAAGAGAGGGAAAGGAGGUGGCAACAUAGAGAGGAGACAAUGGCAACAAAUCGUGAACGUGAAGCAGAACGAGAUUUAGAUAUUAGAGAAAAACAAAUUCGAGAUCGAGAAAUAAUGGCAAGAAAGUUAGCAGAAUGGGACGAUGACGUUGAGGCUGAAAGGGGCCAAGAAGAAUAUUACAGAGAUAG